AUGCAGUGCUCACGGUAUAACUUUGCUGUUGCAAGUGGCCAGCUCCAAAGCCAAACAACUCCACGCGAGGCUUCAUUGCAAGCUGAAAGAACUGGCCUUUUGGUCUCCCAAUGGCACUUUCUGCCCAAAGGCACGGGGACUUUCCCCGCAGCAUGCACGGGAGCGAGCUCCCUGUGGGUUGGCUGCGCGGCCGUGCUUCCUCUGCCUCCUCUGCUGAAUCGGACGACUCAUCAGGUUUCGCAGCUCCAUUUCCGACAUGUCUCCAAGCAAACAUCCCAAACAUGGAAUUCCAUAGAGCGGGUGCGCAAUCUGUACAUCUCCAGCUGA